AUGUCUGAUGGAUUGCUGGCGGCGUGCAAGUUUCUGGCCAUGUAUGAGGCCACCCAAGGAGCGGGCACAAACUGGGAGCGGCAUGCUCUGGGCAUAUUGAAGAUCGUUGAAGUUCGCGGCGCUGUGGCACACCAAACGGGCCUUGCCCAUGCGUUAUUUCUGGAUGCUCGGUACCAAGGCAUAGCGGCGAGCAUCCGACGGCGCGUGCCCACAUUUCUCUCCAGCGAGGAAUGGUGCACCAUUCCUUUCAAGAUCGAAGGCAAAGACGUCCGUCACGAGCUGCUCGACAUCAUGGCCGAGAUCCCCAGACUUCAAACCGAUCUUUCGUGUCUUGGGAAGAUCUCAGAAUCCGCGCAAGGCGCAGUCGAUCGACGAGCUUCGUUCUUUCUGCUGUGCCGAAGCAUACGGAGGCGACUUGGCGAGUGGCUCGGCCACGUACGAGCAAAAUACGACGUCGACAGAGUUGCCCUCAUCGAAGAAGGCAUUCCAGAGAAUUUCCCGCUGAGCAACAUCACGCUUGCUCACACGAUGUCAUUGUACUGGACCUCCAUGCUUUUGGUCAAUUUUCAGGAAUUUCUUGGUCUUCGCGAUGUGCCCGUGCCUACGCGGUCAAUUCCCAGCAAGGACUACUUUGACAACGCAGUCACUUUGGAGAUCUUGCCUUACAUACUUUACAUCGCAAAAUCCGUGCCUUAUUUUUUCCAGCCUGAAGCAGGAAGCCUGAGUCCACAGUUGUUCAGUUUUCCUCUUGGUGUCGCAGUCAGUGUCGCAGCGGACACCAAUGCUCAUUUCGUGCCCGAAUAUCGACGACUGCUGAAAGCAUUUUCCAAAGGGGUUGCAGGCGAGCAGAUAAGAAAAUUUUUGACGAGCUUACAACUGCUGGCGGACUCGGGAGAUAAAGGCCAAUCCAGCAGCUUUCACCCAUGAUGAUUUGGCUGAUAAAACGACGUACGAAGACGACAGAAUGAGAAAU